GCAUGUGUAAGUAUUGCUAUACAACUUUGGACUGUGUAAAAACCAAGCUUCAUACAUAAGAAUAUACAUAUGUACAUACAUACGAGUAAGGCUUAAGCGCUGCUAUCAGCUAUGCGUUUGCGGGCGCAUCAAAACACCAGGUCAAGUUUAUUGCGUCAGCUGCUUUUGAUAUGAAACUGCUCAGCAUGUUGCCGAGUAUAAAUAUCGGCCCUAACUGUUGCUUCAGACAUUGCAGUUUCAGUAUUUGCAUCAUGAAGUUCUUUGCUCUCUUUGCUUUUGUCCUGGUCUUAGUGGCGAUGGCUAUGGCCAUGCCAGAACCUCUGCCCGGUGGUGGCGGCGGCGGCGGUGGCGGUGGUGGUCUUACCCUUGAAGAACUCGGUGGAGGCGGUGGCGGCGGCGGUGGUGGCGGUCUCAACCUUGAACUCGGCGGAGGCGGUGGUGGUGGCGGCGGCGGUGGCAAGUAAAUUGCCCAGCCUUUAACCACAUAAUUUAACACAUUGUUAAUUGAAUUGUCUGUUUGGCCUAAGGAUUUAGAACAAAUUAUUACAUUAAUAAAUCUAAA